CUACCGAAUCUAAAGCCCUCACCAAACUCAAGAACCCAAAAGAAGAAAAAAUGGCAUCCCUCCACCCCCUCCUCGACAACGGCAUCACGAAAGGCGACGCCAGCUUCGCCGGCGGCAAGCUAUACUGCAAGUGCGCGAGCUCACCCGUCGAAGUAACGCUGUCAUCAAACGUAGCGCACAACCACGCAUGCGGGUGUUCGAAGUGCUGGAAGCCGUCUGGGGCUCUGUUCUCCAUCGUCGGCGUCGUGCCGCGGGACAACCUAUCGGUAACAGCCAACGAGUCGAAGCUAAAGAUCGUCGACCCCAGCGCCGCCAUCCAGCGGUACGCCUGCACCGGCUGCGGCGUCCACCUGUACGGCCGCAUCGAGGUCGAGCACCCUUUCAAGGGCCUCGACUUCGUGCAUGCCGAGCUCAGCCCCGAAAAGGGCUGGCAGGAGCCCCAGUUCGCUGCUUUCGUGUCUAGCAUUAUCGAGCAGGGCUUCGACCCCGCCAAAAUGAGCGAAGUCAGGGCAAAGCUCAGCAGCGUGGGCCUGGAGUCAUACGACUGCCUGUCGCCCGCACUAAUGGACCUGCUCGCCACGUACACGGCCAAGAAGAACGGUGCGCUGAAAUAAAAAAAAACGGCUUCCGAGUCGUGAAAUACCAAAUUUUCAAAAUUAAAAAAAGAAAAUGGGAAUGGCUAACGAACGAAGAGAUGAUGAAUAAAAAAG